CAAAAAAAAUGUUGGUCCCAGCCGCUAGCGUCGCUGUUUCUGUGUCUGCAACCAUCUGAAGAACAGAAGAAAACACGGAAGCAGCGUUGUUGAAUGAAGGAGAUUUGUUUUGAUUUAGCAAAAGGCCCGGUCAGUACUUCAGACAGCUUUAAUACCCAACUCUCACUUAGCUGAAAUGACUAAACUACAGUCUUUGAGUGUGUUCGUUGAUGAGCUUUUAACAGUGGCUGCCGUUGAGAUUUUGGGGGCAGUAGAAAAAGUGAUAGCUGAGUACCAGGAGGAAAUUUCCAGAUCUAAAGAGGAGAAUGACCAGCUACGGAGACUGCUACGGAUCACACCGGAUAUAAAAAUAUCUAGUAUUGACAACCCAAAAUGUUCUCUUGCUAUCUCAGAGGAAGAGGCUACCUCUGUUCAGCACACAUUUGAACAGGAGUGGAGCUCCGAUCAUGGGGCAGAGGACACAAAACCCAUACGGAUUAAAGAGGAAGUCGGAACCACUCACGAGGUGGUACUACCUCAACGGCUGGAGGCUGACAUAAUCGAGUUUACAUUCACCCCUUGGCUGAAAAGUGAUUCUGAUCAGGAGGACCCACUUCCGUCCUCGACUGUUUCCCAAACCAAGCCUGUAGAGAACAGAGAACCUGACUCCAAACCAUUGGUUUUCAACACUUUAACUCACCUAGACACUCCCUGUCACUUUUCUCUAGAUAAUGCUUUAAGCCACAGCUCAGCAACAAGCAGCAGUCCAGUAGAGUCUGACAUAAACCCACUUUUGGAUCCCAACCCAUCAGUGAAGAAAAUCACCACCAUGAAUAAAAAAACGAAAAUACUCUCCACAUCCAGAGUUAAGGUCCGAGACCCUGACAGAGGUUUGUUUCACCCACAGACAUUUGAGAGAGCCGCCCAUGAUGUGCUGGUAGGUGGCCAGUCAAUUAGGAGCGCUGCAAAAGCACAUGGUUUGUGCCACGUCACUCUAUUUAGAUAUUGUCGGAGGAAAAAGGACAGCUGUAAUGCGGGGGUGCCAGCUUACAGGGCUCACAACAGAGUCUUUAGUGACGAGCAGGAGAAGACUCUGAUGCAGUACCUGUUGAGGGCUUCAGAUAUUUUCUAUGGCUUAAGUCCUAAAGAGGUGCGUAGACUUGCAUACCAGCUGGCCCAACACUACAGCUGCAAGUUUCCUGAUACCUGGGACACCAAGGAGAUGGCGGGGAAAGACUGGUUCAACUCCUUCCUUAAAAGGCACCCUGACUUCUCCAUUCGGCCUCAAGCCACCAGUCUGCAGAGGGCGAGAAGUUUCAAUGUAACGAACGUGUCACAGUUCUUUGACAACCUUUCUGCUAUUCAGGGCCGACACAACUUUGAGGCCAAAGACAUGUGGAACAUGGAUGAAACUAGCACCACGGCAGUCCAAGUGAUGGAGAAAUCCUCUGCCUACCAAGGGAGGGAGCUGGUCGAAGCAAUGACAUCGGCAGAAAGAGGGACAUUGGUGACUAUGGCGUUGGCAGUCAAUGCUCAGGGAGACAGCAUUCCACCUCACUUCAUCUUACCCGGCGAGAAGGUCUUGGAUCACUUCCUUUCUGACAGGCCUGCGGGCUGCGUGGUGACCUCAAGUGCCUCUGGAUGGAUGCAGGAGAAUGACUUCCUGACCUUCUUACAGCAUUUUGUCAAAUAUACCCAGGCGUCCACACAGUGCCCGCGGCUGCUGCUCCUGGAUAAUCACGCCUCUCACCUCUGCCUCCGGGGCAUUGACUACUGCCAAGCAAACGGGGUUGUGCUGCUCUCCUUCCCUCCUCAUUGUUCCCACAAGUUGCAGCCCCUGGAGAGGAGUGUGUACGGCCCCUUGAGGAGAUGCACCAACAGGGCCAUUGAUUGCUGGAUGAAUACGCACCUUGGGGAAACGCUCUCCAUUCACCUCAUACCUGGACUCAUGGCCAACGCCCUGGCAUCCUCGGCAACACCAGCCAACAUCAUGGACGGCUUUCGCUGUACUGGUAUAUGGCCUUUAAACCCUGCUAUCUUUGUGACAGAUAGACCUGACUCCGUUGUAGAGGAGCCAGCUGCAGGAGCAGAGGCCCAGCCCAGAGUGGAGGUCUACACAAGUCCUGCAGGGCAUUUUGUCUCUUCUAGGCAGGCGAAGGUUUAAGCCCAAUGCAUCUGUGGGGAUCAUCACUCUAUCCCAUGUCCAUCUGUAUCUAAUGAUCUCUUCUGUGAUGCUGCUCCAAGUUAGUCUAUACACUGACUUGCACAGGACAGAGACAGUUAAAUUGGUUCUGUGGAAAAAUCUUCAGACUGAAGGAUUACAGGAAUACACUUUAGAUACACUCACAUUUCAGAAAAACAAUGGCCCAGCCCUGAUUGCGGAAAAGCUUCAGCCAUGAAGUCAAUCUAACUGUUCACUGAACUAAACAGGAGACAACAUUUUAGCUGUGGAUGACAGAAAGUGAUGCUUUAGACAAAAGUACAUCAUAUACAAAGAGAGCAUACACUAGCUUUCAAAUGUUUGGUGUCAUUUAGGAAUGUCCUUGUUUUCCAUGAAAACAUACAUUAGUUUGAAUAGGAUAUGUAGUC